GACACCACUCUGGAACCAGACUGUACGCUGAGGUGCCAAAAAAAAUGUGGAUGCCAUCACGCACAUCUCGACGAAAUGUCAGUGUCCCCGUGAGUGAGAGCCAGCAAGCAAUACGUUCCGUAAGGUACAGCGGCGAAACUAACAAUGUGAGGGCAUCGAGGGUAGCCGGUACCCUCAGUCAGGGCACGACAAUACGAGUAACAGCGGUCCAAUGCUCUUGGAACACGGCGCGUUUCUAUUCCGCAAUUCUCAAACAAGUGGUUCGGAUGUCACGGACAUUUAUGAAGACGCUUCCGAUGAAGGUAUAGAAGGAGAAGUACAUGUGUUACACCAGCGAGGGUCACAUAUGGCUCAUUUGAGCAACGCUUGUACGGAACAGGCGUUACCGAUGGCAAAGUGUCGAUGACUAAAGUGCAUGGACGCUUGUACAGAUGUUCAGUCAGAGGUGCAAUUUUGAAGGACACUCUCCACUAACAUACAUGGACUUGAGCGACGUUCAAGAAAAUUCUGUCACGCCAACUUCUGCAGCAUGACUGUUCUCCCGAACUGAAAGACCUCCCUUGUAUGUCAAGUGAGUCAUUGUUACAGAACAUGAUCACUCUUUGUUGAAAAUAGGAGAAAUGCUGUCACGCUGUCUCUGCUGCAGCGUCAAAAAUCGCAGACCAAUCCAAGAUGUGCCGCCUCCACCUACUUGGCAACCUUAUUCUCACCUGAAUGAAGCUGGGCAUCCGGACCCUGAAUUUCCCAUCGGGAGUCCCACACAGUCCGCCAAGUAUACAACGAUGCAAUGGCAGACGAGGGAAAUGAAUGAGCGUCUACUUCAGCCAGUGGGGCAGUCAGCCCAGCUGUCUCAGUCCCAGCGAAUAAGGCAACCAGACGCACAAACUUCACAGUAUGCUGUGCGUAUCCCAAGCAGAAAUCAACCAGAUGAGUGGCCCCUCCCCCGUACUGCUGCAGUGUAUAUCCUGCACAUGAUGCCAACAUCUUGCAGCGGAGCAGAUGCUUUGCACAUCGGUCACAGGUCUUAGGGUGUUAAUAGGUGCUUCUCGAGGGCUGUCUCAGGAGAUUUCCC